AUGGAAGGAAAUAAAGAAAAUACUUCUACGCUCUCGGUUAAAUAUGAUCUGACGGACUUGCCGCAGCUUAUGGCUGUAUAUUAUAAACGAUUAUUCCCAUAUCAAUUGUAUUAUAAAUGGCUAAGCUACGGAAAUGUUUCAAAGAACUAUUUUGCAAAUCGAGAAUUUUCCUUUACUCUAAAGGAUGAUAUAUAUGUUCGUUACUUAUCAUUUUCCGAUAAGAACGAAAUGCAAAAGGAAAUUCAGAAGCGUUCGCCUUAUAAAAUCGACUUGGGAGCUGUUUACUCUUUUAGGCCUAAAGAUCGAAAUAUGAUUAAAAAUAGUAGUUUUCAACCGGAAGAGAAAGAGUUAGUAUUCGAUAUCGAUAUGACAGACUACGAUGAAAUAAGAUCUUGUUGCAGUGGUGCCGAAAUUUGCUCGAAGUGUUGGCCAUUUAUGACAGUGGCUAUGAAGAUCCUUGAUGCUGCGCUUAGAGAGGAUUUUGGCUUUCACCAUCUUUUAUGGGUAUACAGUGGGAGAAGAGGAAUUCAUUGUUGGGUUUGCGAUGCUGCAGCUAGAAAACUAUCGCAGAGUGCGCGAUCUGCUAUUGCAGAGUACUUGACGAUAAUAAAGGGUGGUGAAGGCCAUGUCAAGAGAGUUCAUUUCAAAAAUCAGGCUUAUCUGCAUCCCUCUAUACAGCGUGCAUUGAAAACAAUAGAGAGCUAUUUUGAAGAUUUGCUCCUUAAGAAACAAAAUAUCUUAGAGUCAGAAGAGAGCUCGAACAAAGUGCUUGCUUUAAUUCCAGAUAAAAAUAUCUUAAAAGAUCAAAUUCGAUUUUACUUUUUUUCAUUAAGUGAGGAAUGGAAUAACUCGGGACUAUCAUCAUUGCAAAAGUGGAGCUUAUUAAAACAAAAAAUUGAAAAAGAUAUUGUUAGUACGAAGAAUUCAGUAUUAACACACUGCGUCGCAGAAAUUCAAUUGCAAUAUACUUACCCGAGGCUUGAUAUAAAUGUCAGUAAAGGAAUUAAUCACUUGCUAAAGAGUCCAUUUUGUAUCCAUCCGAAAACUGGUCGAGUAUGUGUCCCUAUUCCUGCUACCGAUAUUGAUAACUUUGAUCCUUUUUCUGUCCCUAACAUUUGCCACUUAUGUAGCGAACUUGACGACAGCGAUAGUAACAUUGAGAAAAAUAGCGAAGAAGGUGAUACUAAUUCUGCUAGCUGUUGA